AAAAGCCUUAUUAGUCAAGUAUGGUCUAAAGCCCAAACUAAUGUGUGUAUGGUUUAAAGCCCAUAUAAAUGAAACUCGAAAAGCAAUAUUUUUCCAGCCUCUUUGCCCCAUUUUUUAGGCCCCACUUUUUAUCUCUUGAUCAGACACAGAAGGCCCUUUCCCAUCAAUAAGGACAAAUCAACCCUUCAUGGGCCCAUACUCAUCCUCCAAUUGGCCCAAUUCCAUGUUUGUGGCCAGAAAUCAAUACCACAAAAUUGCCUGGACAAGGCAGAAAAAACAAUCGCAGAAACACCAACAUAUGAUAAUGGAUUAUGGAUGUGGUUCCUUAUCCCAAACCCACUUCCCAGAUUUCACUGCAUCCACCAUUGACAGCUCAGCCACCUUCUCUAACCCACCAUCACCGCCAACCAUCACGCACCAACGCCACCAAUGGACGCUCUCUCAGUCAAUCGAUCUCUCUCUAGCCUCAAACUCAGAACCAUAACCAUCCCUUCUUCUUUUCCCUCCCAACAGCAACAACUCGCCCUCAAACCAAACCAUGGCACCCGAAUCUUCACCGUCUAUGCCAUCCAAAACCAAGAAAAAGACCUCCAAGAAACUCAGGAAACGCUUCCGAGAAACAACGCCGACGACGAGUCGUACGGUGAAGUCAAUAAGAUCAUCGGUAGCAGAGCGGUGGGAGGUGGGGCAGCCAUGGAGUACUUGAUCGAGUGGAAAGACGGGCAUGCCCCUUCCUGGCUCCUGUCGGAUUACAUAGCUAAGGAUGUGGUGGCGGAGUACGAGAGUCCGUGGUGGACCGCAGCCAAGAAAGCCGACGAGACGGCUCUCCAGCGGCUCGCCGAGGAGGAAAUGCGUGACGUGGACGCCGUGGACCAAGAUGGGCGGACCGCGCUUAUUUUUGUUUCCGGGCUCGGAUCCGAGCCGUGUGUCAAGCUCCUAGCCGAAGCCGGCGCGAACCUUGACCAUCGCGAUAGCAGCGGCGGCUUGACGGCUCUUCAUAUGGCGGCUGGGUAUGUUAAGCCGGGUGUUGUUAAGGUGUUGCUGGAGCUUGGUGCGGACCCGGAGAUUGAAGAUGACAAGGGACGUGCGCCGUUGGAUUUGGCGAAAGAGAUCUUGAAGGUUACGCCUAAAGGAAACCCCGUGCAAUUUGCAAGG